AUGCCUUUCUGGUUACCACAACAGAUUCAAAGAAAAUUAUUCUUAUAUGCUUUACAACAUAUUUCAAUAUUAUCGAAUCUUGAUCUUUCCAACAUCGAUAUAUCGUUAGCUAAAAAUGGUACAAAUUUGACUUUUAACAAUGUUGAUUUAAUGCUAGAUAAUAUUGUGAUUCCUGGUAUUGAGUUGAAAAAAGGGACUAUCGAAAGUUUAGAAAUUAAGUUGAGUGUAUCAGGUGAAAUUAUAAUUAAGGGAAUAAACAUUGAAUUUUUAAUAAAUACUAAAAAUUUAUCUGUUCUAACUGACAAUCCCGAUAAUAAUAACUAUGGCAAUAAAACAAAAUCUACAGACUUUUUUGAGGAUAAUACGCCUUUAUCAGACUCAAAUAUCUUCUCAUUAGCAAAGAGUAUACAAGAUAUUACAAACUCAAUGCUACAGCUACCAGAUCCUCUAUUAAUGGAUGUAGAAGAUGAAUUGGUGUAUAACACUAGUUUAUACACGUCUAUUUCGUCCUCAAACUCUUCCCAAUCAUCUGAAUAUGAAUGUUCUUCAGAUAUAUCACUAAAUGAAAAUACCGUAGGAAGCAAUAUGAAUAACGAUCAACGCAAUAAAAAUAAGAAUGUUAAUAGAAGUAAUGAUAAUAGCACAGCUUUUCAGAAAAUGAAGAAAAGAAUUUUAAAUAAUAUGUUAUCAAAGCUUUCUAUCUGUUUAGAAAAUAUAAACUUCCAUUUUGUAUUACCAGUUUUAACCAUACCAAAUAUUGAUUGCCAAUUGAAUAAAAUUUUACUUAAACCUGAGGUUAAUGGUUUCCGUAGUAUUUUAAUGGAACAUUUAAAAUUUUUUUAUUUUUCAUAUGAUAUUUUAAACAGUUUAGACCAAGAGGAUUCAUCAUCAAACACAGCAAAUAGUGGUAGAGAAGUCUGUGGGUCUGAUUCCGAAGAUGAUUUAGCAAUGACGGAAAGUAUCUAUCUUUCACAAAACCAAGAGAUCUCAAUGUAUAUGAGCGCAUUGGAAAAUUUUAAUAACGAUAACUUAUCAAAUUCAGAUAACAAUCAAAAAUCUAAUCUUAAAGGAAAUUCUAACGACAAUACAAAAACUUGUUUUCCGUCAAAAAAAGAGGAACACAUUUUAUUUGAAUUGCAGUCAAUUGAAGCAAAAUUAUCAGGAUUGUCUUCUAUUGAUGACUUAUCUUUAAAUUCUGUUGAUAUCCAUAUUACUGAUCCUACUAUAUCAUUUGAAAACAUCUUGAAAUUAAACAAAAUGUUUUUCAAAUAUAUUAUAUCCUUCUAUUGGUAUUAUCUUACUGUUAAAUCAGAUAUUGAUGUUAAACUUGAAAACCAUUCGAAUGACAAUGUUAAUUCAAAAAUUAAUGCUGAAAAUAAGCCUGUUAAUGUUAAAGAUUUACCAAAUUAUAAGAGGUUUGAAAAAGAACAAAAUUUAUUUCAAGAUUGUAAUUUAACAAUAAAUAUAAAUAAUAUUAGAGCACUUGUUGAUAAAAAUCUGAAUAUUCAAUUUAGAGAUACUAGUAUUUAUCGUAAUCUUGAAACAGGCUUUGAUAUAAAAUUUACGGUGAAUGAUAUAAUUAUUGUUGGAGAAGGUAUCAGAUUAUUACCUUUUGCAGGUAAUAAUCCCCUUGUUACAGCCAUAAAAAAUGAGACAGACAUAAAAAUCAAAUGUAACUCUGAAUUUAGCCUAGAAUUAACGCCCAUUGGAUUAAAAAACAUUAUAGUGGUUUCAAAUUUAUUUUUAGACAAAUUUAGUCAAACAAUUGGUAUAAUUGAUGAGAUGCGUGCAUUCUCGAAAAAUACACUUAAUAGUCCUUCUCGGUAUAACUCCCCUAUAAAUGAACAAGAUAAAAAUGGCCUUACAUUAAAUAAUGAUACAGAAAUUUCAUUGGAAACUAAAAAUUUAGAAAUAAUCUUAAAAUUAAAAUCGUAUGAAUUAGCUUUCUCUCUAUCACCGUUUAAUUAUUCUAGUAAUUCUAAUAUAGUACUGAUAGACAAAAUUAGUAUUGAUAGGUAUAAACCAAAUCAUUUUUUAACAAAUAUUUUAACAAUAAAUGAAAUAUCGACAGAACUUUCUAGUUUACCAACUUCAAUUAAUUCAUAUGAUGAAAAUAAUAAUAGUAUACUGAUCUUUACCAAAAUUGUUACCAGUAUCAAACAUAUCAUAUUCUAUGAAACGUUUGAAAAUCUAACAGAAAUUAUAGAAGAUUUUUCUGAUAUACUCACUUUACUUGAAGAUCAACAACAAGAUAUAAUAAGUAAGAAAUCCACAAAACUUUCAGUAAUAUCUGGAACAAAAUUAAAGAAAGCUACAACUGAUGAUAACCAAUAUCUUAAAAAAAGUGUGCGAAUAUUGAAUAAUUCUGAUAUUAGUUACAAGCAACGUGUUUACUCAUUAUUUUUUUUGAAGAUUGAACUUGUAGAAAUUAAAUUAUCAAAUUUACCCUUUAAUGAUUUUGGUGCAUUAAAGUUCGAAAUUAACAAUAUGGAAAUUACAUGUUCAGAUAACAAUAAAUUUUCAAUAUUAUUUUAUGAUAUUAGUUCUAUCAGAAUUCCACAUAAAUUAAAUAAUAAAUUGUUAACUUCCAAUAACCAAGAAUUCAUUAUAUCUAAUAGCCACUUAAACGAUGGUCUACCAUGCUUAUAUAUAUCAAAUAGAUCCAAUAAUAAAAUACGUAUUGUGGUUCGUAAUUUUACAAUAAAUUAUUAUACCUCAUGGCUUCCAUUUUUUCAAUCAACACAAAAUGAAGAUAUUCAAUCGAAAUCGAAUAGAAAUACUUCUAAACAAACUUUAAUACCAUGGGAAAUGAAAUUUAUUGAUUGCUGUAUGAUAUUACAUCCUUUAAGAUUACACACAGCUUUAGCUCUGAUACUAGAUUAUCUAAUAAUUAAUGGAAGUCUAUCAAGUCUAAAAGUUAAGUGUUUAUUGAAAUCCGGAACAAUUCUAUUAACAGAUAAUGCUUCUACUUCCAGUAAGCCUCCAAGCAAUAAGCAAUCCAAUAGGAUGUUAUAUCAUUACAUUAGCCAAGGUUACACAACAGUAGGGAGAGUAGAAACAAUUAAUAUUUAUCUUACAGUUUCAGAGCUUCCAAUUCCUAUUGAUAUUAAUAUUUGGUAUACUGCAUUUUCUUUAUGUGCUGAUUCAUAUAAUGCUUUAUUACAAACUAUAAUUGAUUUGAAAAUUCCCUUAAUAUUCACUGAAGAUCUUAAGUAUAAAACACAACUACCCAAAGCUAUUGAUACAUUUAAAGAUAUUGAUACUCAAUAUUUUAAUAUUCCUCAAUGCUCCGAAAUAAAAAAAUACUCUGAAGAUAUUGACGAAUACUUUCAUAUUGACGAAGAAUUAUUUUUUAAGAGGCAUCAACCACAUAUUCUGAACACAUUUUCCAUUGAAGAUGGAGAAAUUGAGAUUGAUGAAAAUUAUUUAACUACAAAAAACUCUCCUCUAUUACCUACGGAUAAUAAUUCUAGACAUAAAGGUACUAUUUCAGAAAAUGCAAUAUUUGCUCUCGAUAUUAAUAUUAAAAAAAUUGCAAUCAAGUUCUUUGAUGGCUAUGAUUGGAAAUUCACAAGGAAAAAAAUCAAUAAUACUAUUAAUGAUGUUGGUAUAAAUAAUAUUUCUUUGCAAUCAGAUGAUGAGUCAGCGAAAGGUUAUAAUGAAACAAAUGUUUUUGAUUCUGUCUUUAUUACAGUUAAUAAGUCAGAUUCAACUCGACUGAAGAAGAUUGUAACUGAUGAAAUACACGGGGAUGAAGGAGGGGAGAUGAAUGGAACUAAAGCCAACUUACGGCCUUCAAAAAAUCAUAAGAUAUUAAUCAAGCUUACAGAAGUGUGUAUAAAUUAUGAAGGGUUUCCAUUUAUUUUAAAGCAAACUUCUCUCGCACCUGCUCAAGUUAGUAAUUUAUCAAUUGCUGUUGAAAAAUUUGAAGUUAUUGAUAAUGUAUCAACGUCAACUUGGAAUAAAUUGAUUACACCUUCUAGGUUGAAACAAGCUACUGUAUUGAAAAAUAUGAUUGAACUUAAGAUGGAAACAUUUCGCCCAAAGGACUAUUUGGCUGCAAUUGAAGGAAUUUUAGAAAUGAAAGUUUCCCCUCUUAGAUUGCAUAUUGACCAAACUACUCUCGAAUUUUUACUCCGAUUUAUUCAGUUUAACGAUAGUAGAUUUAGCUUGGUUGAUGACUAUCAAGAAUCUCUAUAUUUACAAAAAUUUUCAUUUCAAACCUUAAAUCUAGCUGUUGAUUACAAACCCCGGAAAGUUAGUUACUCUGGAUUAAGAUCAGGUUAUUCAUCAGAGUUGCUGAACUUUUUUGGUUUAGAUAAUGCUAAAAUUAAGUUACUGGGAUUGGUUUUACGUGGAAUUGAUGACGCUUCAGCUCUGGGGGAAAUUUUACAAGCUGUAUGGAUACCGGAUAUAAUUUCAAGACAAAUACCUACAUUGAUUUCUGGUUUAUCCAUUGUCAAUCCAAUUGCAGCAUUGGGUAAAGAUAUGAAAUCUAUUGUUAAAACACCAAUUAAAGAAUAUAAGGAAUCGGGACAAUUGGUAAGAGGUGUUCGUAAAAGUGGGAACAUUUUUGUAAAAACUGCAGCAGGUGAUUUCGUAAGACUAGGUAUUAAGUUAGCUGCAGGGACGCAAGCGUUGCUAGAAGAGGCAGAAUGCUUAUUUGGUGGUAUAGGAUCAGCUGGUAGAAACUAUCAUUGGGAUGAAAAUAACCUCGCUGUUAAAACUAUUUUAGAAGAAGAUCAAUUAUUAGGGAGGAGUAACCCAACCAUCCAUAACCGUAAACCGACAGCAUUAAUCAUUGAAGAAUCAACAAAAGAAAAUGAACCUCCGAAACUUGUUAGUUUAUAUGCUAAUCAGCCAUUAGAUAUUCAUAAAGGUUUAGAAGAGGCUUAUUCCUCUCUAGAAAAAAACUUGCAUAUAGCAUAUGAUGCACUCUGGAAAGAUUUUGAUAACGAAGAAACUGAGCCUAAUACAAUAAGUGCUGCCGCAGUAUCUCUAACAAAAGCAGCUCCAGUGGCUAUUAUUCGACCAUUAAUUGGUACUACAGAAGCUCUUUCAAAGGCAUUACAAGGAGUUUCUAAUCAGUUAGACAAGGAGCGUUUACUAGAAAAUAGGGAUAAGUACAAAGACUUGGCUCUGAAUAAAAAUUGA